UUGUUUCACAUAAACUCAAUAGAAUAAUGGCUAGUUGGCCAUUACUUGUUACUUUAUUUGUUUGUUUGAAUCUGCUUUAUGAACGCCUUUCAAGGGAUCUGUUUCAUUACAGUUCUUAUUCAAAUGCAUUUUUUUUAUUUGGUGAUUGGUUUCAGAUAUUUGCUAGGAUGAGGGAAUUGGGUUUGAUUUUAUUGUCCAUUCUAUUGAUUCUUGCAACACUCGAAGUGGUUGCCUCACAUGGAGAUCAGCCUCUUUCAACCAUUGCUGUUCAAAAGGCAACUUUUUCUCUCAACCAUCAAGCUUACAUAAAAGUCUCUCCUACUGUUCUUGGGUUGAAGGGUCAAAAUGCAGAUUGGGUUAUAGUGGAGUUCAGUUCUCCUCAUCCAUCAGUUGAUGAUUGGAUUGGUGUGUUUUCUCCUUCCAAUUUCAGUGCUUCUUCCUGUCCUGCUCCAGCUGAUAAUCCACAUGUGACCCCUCCGCUGUUGUGUUCGGCGCCUAUUAAGUUUCAGUAUGCAAACUACAGUACUCCAGAGUAUAAAGAAACCGGAAAAGGGACAUUGAAGCUUCAGUUGAUUAAUCAGAGAUCCGACUUCUCUUUCGCGUUAUUUUCUGGUGGUUUUUCGAAUCCAAAGGUGGUGGCGGUGUUAAAUACAGUUACUUUCCCAAAUCCAAAAGCACCGGUUUACCGUCGAUUAGCUCAAGGAAAAGUAUGGAAUGAAAUGACCGUUACGUGGACCAGUGGAUAUGGGAUCGGUGAAGCAGUACCUUUUGUUGAAUGGGGUCCAAAAGGAGGGCCGUCGAUGCGUUCACCAGCUGGAACACUCACUUUUGAUAGGAACAGCAUGUGUGGUGAGCCAGCAAGAACAGUAGGAUGGCGAGAUCCCGGGUUCAUACACACCAGUUUUCUGAAGGAAUUGUGGCCCAACACACUGUAUACCUAUAGGCUUGGACAUAUUUUAUCGGAUGGAACGUAUGUUUGGAGUCAAGAAUACAAGUUUAGAGCAUCUCCUUAUCCCGGUCAAAAUUCUUGUAAAAAUUCUUUACAACGGGUCGUCAUUUUCGGAGACAUGGGAAAGGCUGAAGUUGAUGGUUCCAAUGAGUACAAUGAUUUCCAGCAUGCUUCUCUUAACACCACAAAGCAGCUUAUUAGAGACUUGAAUAACAUUGACUUGAUCUUUCUGAUUGGAGACAUAUGUUAUGCCAAUGGAUACCUUUCACAAUGGGACCAGUUCACCGCACAAGUCGAGCCGAUUGCAUCUGCCGUUCCUUUCAUGGUUGCUAGCGGAAACCAUGAACGUGAUUGGCCAGGAUCUGGAUCUUUCUACGAAGACAAGGAUUCGGGGGGAGAAUGUGGAGUGGUAGCAGAGACUAUGUUUUAUGUCCCUACCGAAAACAGGGCUAAGUUCUGGUACUCCACUGACUACGGCAUGUUCCGGUUCUGUGUAGCUGACACGGAGCAUGAUUGGAGGGAAGGGACGGAGCAAUACGAAUUCAUCGAGCACUGCCUCGCAUCAGUUGACAGACAAAAGCAACCAUGGCUGAUUUUCCUUGCACAUCGAGUGUUGGGUUAUUCUUCUGCUACUUUUUAUGCUGAUACAGGAUCUUUCGGGGAACCGAUGGGAAGGGAGAGCCUUCAAAAACUUUGGCAGAAGUACAAAGUUGACAUUGCCAUCUACGGCCAUGCGCACCACUAUGAGCGGACAUGUCCGGUUUACCAGAACAUAUGCACCAACAAGGAGAAACAACAUUACACAGGCCCCAUGAACGGUACGAUACAUGUGGUUGCCGGUGGCGGAGGUGCAGCCCUUGCUGAAUUCGCUGCCCUAAACGUCACAUGGAGUUUCUUCAAAGACUACGAUUUCGGAUUCGUAAAACUCACCCUAUUAUUCGAAUACAAGAAGAGCAGUGAUGGAGAAGUUUAUGAUUCUUUCACAAUAUCCAGGGAUUACAGGGACAUCUUAGCUUGCACUGUUGAUAACUGCCCAAGUACGACCCUUGCUACAUAGUCUAAUGGCUAAACUAUUAAAAGAGCCCUUCAACUAGU